AUGAGCAUUCCCGAACUAGCUCAAAAACUCGACGCGGUGAACACUGCCGAUGAGGAAGAACGAAAGCUACUGCUGCAAGCAUGCGAUCGGCUCAAGAGCAGGCUCGAAACCCCCUUCGACUUUACAGCUCGUCUGUCGUUCUCGGGCCACCAAGCAAUGGCGAUCCGAUUGGCAGUCGAUCUAAAGCUCUUUGAUACAAUCGCUCGACUCUCAACUCAAUCGCAAGAUGGAUUUUUCACCACUGAUCAGCUCUCCGAAUCAACCGAUGCAGAACCUUUGCUUGUCACGCGGAUCAUCAGCUUCCUUGCUGCCAUGGGGGUAGUCCAAGAGAUUGAUCGAGGCACAUAUGUCCAAACAAAGUUGGCUGCCUCCUAUGUGUCCAGCUCUCCUCUUUCAGCGGGGAUCAUUCACAGCACGCAUUUCCUCACGGUCCUGUCGAGACUGCCCGAGUACUUCCAUGAGAAGGGAUGGCAGAGUCCAGGCGACGCCUGGGAUGGGCCAUUCCAGUACGCUCUGGGCACCAACGCCCAUUACUUCGAUUUCCUGAGCUCGCACCCAUACUACCAGCAAGCGUUCAACACUGUCAUGGCCAUGUCAUUCCGGCGACACGGAAGGGACUGGUUUGAACUCUUCCCGGUCGAGGAGCGGCUGCGCGUGCAGAACGACACGGAUCCACUCAUCGUCGACGUCGGCGGAAGCCAGGGAAAAGAUCUGAAAAUGUUCAAGGAGCGAUUCCCCCAUUUGCCUGGCAAACUCAUCCUCCAGGAUCUGCCGAGUGUUACUGCAAAUGCCCAAAGUCUCCCACCAGGGAUCGAGGUGCAGGGCCACGACUUCUUUCACGAACAGCCGGUCCGCAAUGCUCGGGCAUACUUGAUGCGUACUGUGCUGCACGAUUGGCCUGACAAACAGGCGGUGCAGAUUCUGGGCCGGCUGCGGGCUGCUAUGAACCGUGAUUCUCGCCUGCUCAUUAGCGAAUACAUGCGACCCGAGUCCAAUGUCUCGUUCUCCUCGGGGUUGGCCGAUAUCCACAUGAUGACCUCCUUUGCAUCACUGGAACGAACUCAACAACAGUGGAAGACUCUUCUUGAGACCGCCGGUUUCGAACUCAUCCAAGUUUGGCUACCCGAUGGCUGUGAUGCCGCCUCGGAGUCUUUGGCAGAGCAGGCAGCUUUGCUCGAAGCUCGAGUGAAGGAAUAG